AUGAAGAUCUUCUCCAUAUUAAUCUUCCUCAUUUCUCUCCUUUUCCCAUUCUUCUUAGCCUCUCAUUGUGAAACAAUCCUGGUGGAUGGUGUUUUUGAGUGGAAAAAUCCCAGUGUUCAUGUGGGGGACUCAUUAAUUUUCAAACACAAGUAUCACUACAACCUCUAUAUUUUUCAGAACAAAGAUGCCUUCAAUCUCUGCAAUUUCACCCAAGCUACACUUCUCACCAAACCCAACUCCACCUCCUAUGCGUGGCACCCUUCUCGCCCUGGUUUCUUCUACUUCGCUUUCAACAAUGGGUCUCUCAAAACAUGCCAAGGCUCUCAAAAACUCUCCAUAGAAGUCUUUUCUGCGUUGCCUCCAGAAAAUGCAACCAGCCCUUCAUCAGAAUUACCUUCAACGGCCGCUCCAGCACCAACUUCCGGUGGAUCGGUUGUGUCAUCUUCCCCAGCAUAUCCAUGGCCAUUCCGGCCUCGCCAGGCGGUUUCACCAGCACCAAGUGCUAGCUCACCAGUAACUGUACCAACUCCAGUGCCAGAUAAAAGUGGUGGCAUCCCUUUUAUCAACAGUAACCCUGCAGUUCCAUUGCCUACUGGUGAAGUUGAAUCUGCUACUAUUAGCCCUUUGCCCACCUCUGAUCAUGGAGGACAGGUACAAUUUUUUUCUAUUACAUUGGCAGUGGUGGGCCUCCUUGCAGCUCCAGUGGCUCUAUUUUCUGUGGCUUUCCUAGCUCUGUAA